AUCAUUCAGUUUUACAUCUGGAAAAUACCAAAAUGCGUGCUUCAAUCAUCAUUGUCCUGGUUGCUGUGGCUGCUAUCGUUGCUGCUGAUGCUCACAAGCUAAGAGGCAAUCAGGGAGGCCAGCAAGGCGGACAACAAGGUGGAUCCCAGGGUGGUCAACAAGGUGGACAGCAGGCCGGUCCUCAGGGAGGUCCCCAGGGAGGUCCUCAGGGAGGUCCCCAGGGAGGUCCCCAGGGAGGUCCCCAGGGAGGUCCCCAGGGCGGUCCAUGGGGUCCUAACAACAGUUCUAGCACCAGCACCACCACCAGCACUACGGAAUCCAGCUCUGACAGCACAACCACAACUGAGGCCUCAACCUCAACAGUCGCUGCCGAUGAGACCACCACAUUCGCUGCAUAAAUUCCCAAAAAA